AUGAUUAUGAUGAAGUUUCCCCCUCAGUUAUUUACAAGAGUUACAUGCCAAGAAUUUGGAACUGCAAGGAAGAGUGAGUGUGUCAAUUUUUUGAAGAUCACAAGAAACCCAGCACCAUUGCUUACUCAUUCUGUUGUUGUAGAUACAAACUUAAAUAUUUCAUUUAUGAAAAACAUGCAACUUGAGCUGUUAGGAAGGUCUCUAGACUGCACUCACAUACCUAUAAUGAAACCUUCUUCACAUGGAGACGAAUAUGUUAAUCGAAAGGGCUUUCCAUCUAUAAAAGUGCAGGUGACGUGUGAUAACAGUGAAAUGUUUACGAGUGUUGAUGCUGCAUGGCCUGGGUCUGUACAUGACGCUAGGAUAUGGAGAAACUCCGUUAUGUAUCAUAUAUUGCGUGAGAACCAGUGCAACGCCCUAAUUUUAGGAGACGAAGGAUAUGGCAUUGCACCGUGGUUAAUGACACUAUUUCAAAAUCCCGAAACACCUCAUGAGAGGGCACCCAACAGACUUCACUCUAAGGAAAGGGUGAUAAUCGAACGGUGCUUUGGACAGGUGAAAAGGCGUUUCCCAAUUCUGCAAAAUAAAAUAAGGCUUGCCCAAACAAAAAUCCCCAGUGUGAUAAUAGCCUGUUUUGUUUUGCACAACGUAGCAAAACAUAUAGGGGAUGAGGAUUCUGAGGCACCUAUUGAUGACGACAACAAUCUUCCAGUACUGGGAGAAGAGGAAGCAGCAAACGUAUGUGUACGUGGAAUAAAUAGAAGACGGGAAAUUGUAAAUAUUGGAUUAUAUUACUCUUAUUGUUUCAUUGAAAAGAAAUUAGCAAUGAAUAAUUUUUUGUAA